AUGGACUCCCCCACAGUUGAGCUCAAGUCCGCUCUCGCAUCACUGUUUGAAUGCGGCAAGUACUCAGAUCUGACCAUUGUCUGUGGAAGCAAAAGAUACCCGGUACAUCGUGCUCUCCUUGCAACCCGCUCCACAUUCUUCGAAGGAGCAUGCCGCGAAGGCUUCCAGGAAUCGUCAACUGGCGUUAUCGACCUGACAGAAGAUGAUGCAGAAGCUGUCGAACACAUGGUCCACUACUUCUACCACCUGGACUACCUCAACAAGCCCCUCUCACGCCAGACUUUGCAAGGAUCGACUCGUCCUCAAUCGCCCUCCCCAGUGACGUCGCCCUUGACAAAGCGCAUGCCACUGAAGAAGAUCAAUUUGGCGUUCUUGGAAGAUCCACUGCUUGCACAGAUGUCCGCAGCAAGCCCCUUGACGCCUCCUGCCGAGGAAACUCUGUCCCAGCCUCUCGAUGCAUUACUGAAGCUACCUCAUACGCCAACGGUGGAGAAGUUUGCAGACGACUACCUCGAGAGCGUGAUCAUGGAGCCAGAGGUUGACGUCGAGAGCGCUCAUCUUGUCAUCCACGCCAAGGUGUACGCGAUUGCUGAGAAGUACGGCAUCGCUGGCCUGAAGUCGCUCGCACGCAACAAGUUCUCCUAUCAGAUGUCCCUGCAUCUGAACAGCCCUGAGUUUGCAGACGCCUGCCAAGAGGCCUACGAGUCGACCUUCCACACCGAUCGCGGGCUGCGGGACGUCAUCGUCCAGACAUUCCGUGCCAACCCCGAUCUGUCAAUGCGCGAGGAUGUCGAGAUGGCGGUGCGUGAAACGCCAGGUCUCGCUUUCGAACUCUUCCGCAUGGUCAGUGGCCUUCCCGUCUCGUCCUGAGGAUUGAGCCUACGAGCCUAUCCGGCCUGCGAAUGCGAGCACGGCUUCAUCACUCUCGACUUCAGUCACUACAGCCAUCGAGUUGAUCGUGGCUCCUAUCAACGCACUCAUGUCACAGUGGGACACAGUGGAGUUUGGUGUCAAGGCACCGUCCAGCAGCGUUCUGAGGCUCUGGGGAAGUUGCUGUACUUCCAUCCUGAGCCACGGACGUAUCAAGCUGCGCGUCGGUUCUUCUGCACUUCUUGCAGAUGGGGCUGUUCCCUUACCAGGUCAUCUUCAGGUACAUGGCGGCUACUUCAGCCAACGAAUUAUUUCGGCUUGUGCAGGACCCCAUCUCAAACGCAGAGGCGCUUCUGCAAUUGCUUUCAAUUGCAUAGCAUCAUUAUGUUAGAUCAGCCAAAGCGUUUCACAAAGCUGCACCUCC